GAGCUUUCCCCCCAUCGGCUGCCAUCGUUGAAGCAGCGAGACGCCAGUGAGCGUUGUUGAAUAUCUUUUACAUUUUCAAAACACAUUUAAUCCAAACUCUAGAAAUCAAGUUUAUAUUCAAAAGCUGUAAGAGCUUCAUUGGAAUCUCAAACAUGUCUUACAUGCUUCCUCAUCUCCACAAUGGCUGGCAAGUCGACCAGGCUAUUUUAUCAGAGGAGGAUCGUGUUAUAGUUAUAAGAUUUGGCCAUGACUGGGACCCUACAUGUAUGAAAAUGGAUGAAGUUUUGUACAGUAUUGCAGAGAAGGUAAAGAAUUUUGCAGUAAUUUAUCUAGUGGACAUUACAGAAGUGCCAGAUUUCAACAAGAUGUACGAGUUGUAUGACCCUUGUACAGUCAUGUUCUUUUUCAGGAACAAGCACAUCAUGAUUGAUCUUGGAACUGGUAAUAACAACAAGAUAAACUGGACCAUGGAAGACAAGCAGGAGAUGAUAGAUAUUGUUGAAACUGUCUACAGGGGAGCCAGAAAAGGACGGGGUCUUGUGGUGUCCCCUAAAGACUAUUCUACAAAAUACAGAUAUUGAUUUCUGCUCCUUUUUAUUCCGUAUAAUUUCUUUUUCAUCAACAUCUUUGUUUGAAACGUUCUGAGCAUUCAGCUAUAAGGUCAACUGGACUGUGGACAUGUAUAAAUGUUUUAACUUGCGAUUAUGAUCAUUUGUUUUUUAUAGUUUUGUCUUUCUGAAAGUUCCACUUUAUAUUAAAGGAAUGAAUACAUA